AGUUCACUGCCUUUGUUCCAUCCCUUCUGUGGAUGAGACUGACUUCUGUCAACAUGACUACCCCUCUGUUCACUGCUCUGUCCUUCCUGGCUAUGCUGGCCCUUGGGUCAUGUCUAGCUAUCUUGCCAGAGGAGCAGCCCUAUGUGGAGCGUGCUGGUAUCCAAUAUAGCGCUAGGCCUUACAACUCCCUCCUCACCGUGCCCAAUGGAGAGCAGUUUGGGAACUGGACCUGGCCCGAGAUGUGUCCCGACAAGUUCUUCGCCGUUGGGUUCAUGCUCCGGGUGGAGUCCGAACAGUACGGUCUGGACGACACUGCCCUGAAUGGCAUUCGCUUGAUCUGCGCUAAGGACGAAGAUAGGAGCUUCUUGUACACCAUUGAGUCUCACACUGGAUUCUUUGGUGACUGGUCGGACCCUCAGUAUUGCCCCAGGGGUGUGCUGACUUCCUUCCAGCUGCGUGUGGAGCCCCACCAGGGUCUGUUCGGUGACGACACAGCCGCCAACAACAUUAGGUUCCGCUGCAGCAGCAACCCCACCCUCACAGGCGCCGGCCUGGACUACGGCGAGUACAGCCUCUGGAGCCAGGAUUGUGGCGAUGGAGGAAUCUGUGGCAUCGAGACCAAGAUGGAGGAAUACCAGUACGGUCUGGAUGACUCAUCUCUCAAUGACGUGCGCUUCCACUGCUGCGCCAAACUCCAGCAGUAAUCAUCUGAGGGAGAUACCUCCUCUGGACCAAUCUCAACCAGCCCAGACCUGUCAACACACAGGCUCUGACCCAUGGUCCAUUCAAUCCAAUCUACACCCAAUAUCUGAAUCUACCACUGGUUAAAACCUAAUAAAUCAUUCAACUGUC